AUGUAUCAGCACGCAGACGAAUCAGAAGAGGAGGACACGAUCAUCUCCGACGAAGAAUGCGAGCCUUUGCGACUGCUGACAGAGGAGGGACGGUCCUCGCCCCUUCGAGCCUAUUUGGUCCGAUCUCUCGCUCUCCUUUGCGCCUGCUCUCUGAGCAUCGGCAGUCAUUAUGCAUCAUACAUAUUGGGACCGCUCAAGUCGCGACUGUCACGGGAGAUGGGCACGAAUAACACGGAAUUCUCCCUACUCAUCUCCGCAUUCUCUCUGAAUAGCACGUGGACCCCGUUGGUCGGCGGAUUGCUUGCCAGUCGACUCGGAACAACGACAACGAGUAUCCUGGCUACCGGAGUUAUCUUCCUAGGCCAGGCUUUGCUUCUAUUCGGCAACCUCACCGACAGCGUUCGCUUCAUGACCUUCGGUAUGUGGGUCUAUGGCCUCGGAGUUAGCCCACUGGCGGUUGUGCAAGAGACCAUCAUCGUACGGUUCUUUAGAUCGCAUGGCCUCGGGAUCUCGCUCGCGUUAGGCUUGGUCGCUGGCAAGGGUGCAUCAUUCGUAUCCGCUCGCACUUCCUAUCCCCUUUCGGAACGCUUUGGACCGCACGCACCGUUCUACGCCUCGACAAUCCUCACUGCCGUAUCCUUCACUGUCAACAUCAUCUACGUGUGCGCGUCGAAGUGGCUCAUCCGUGGUGCCGGCGCCGAACUUGAGGCCUCCGAGAUCAAGGAUGAGGCUGAGAACAGUCAUAUUUGCCUGACAGAGGCAGAGGCUCUGAAAAAGGUGGCGAAGAAACGUAUGGUGUAUCUCCGGGACAUAACAAAGUUGGGUGACGUAUUUUGGGCUUACAUCGGCCUUAAUGUUCUAUGCGGUGCUAUAUGGGCGCCGUUCACCCACCUUGCCGCGAAUAUCAUUGAGAGAAGGUUCGGGUUGAGCGAGCGGGACGCCAGUACAACAGGAUCGUACCUGCUUGCUGGAAGUGUGCUCCUAUACCCUGUGACUGGCAUCAUCGUGGAUCGCGUGAAGACCCGCGGAUUUGUCACGCAGCUGCUCACUGCAUCUUCCGUCUUUACUCUGCUGUGUUACGCGUGGUUUGCUUUGCCGCCGGAGUGGACCAAGACACCAAUGCCUGCUGUCGCUGCGUUUGCUUCUGGUCAUGGGUUCUCUCCUCUACUCCUUGUGGUCAUUGUCCCAACAUUGGUCCCGGCCAAGUAUAUCUCGACGACACUAGGUGCCCAUAAAGCGCUCGAGCAAGUUGGGUCGACGGCCUUCCAAACUCUCGCUGGUGUCGCUUUGGAUAUCAAAGGCAAAGGCAAGAAUGCAGAGUUAAGCUCAUUGACUGGCGACGACAAGGAUCUUCAAUACCUGUUGAAUGCCUUCCUGCUCCUCAACGUUCUGCAAUUUGCUGCUGUCAUUGGACUCUCUCGCCUUGAACGUAGACGAAGAGAAGCUGUUGCUCUUCGCCGGAGCGCUCGUCUAUCCGCGGUGCCAAGUGAAGUUGGCCAUGAUGACGAUGCACCACCCCCGAAAGCCGAGGACUCGCGCGGACGAAAAAUCUGGCGCGUCACCUCAAGCGAAGUAGUGAUCGGUGAAUGCAGUCGAGGGCAAUCAUGUUGUCGUGCAGACUCUUCCGGGGCAGCGGAGAGUGUCCCUCUUCUCCGAGAUUCCUCGCGGACAGCGUCUUACCAAGACAACCGCUUUCUGAUUUCACCAAUUAGUCCUCGCAGUCAUUCCCGGAGCACGCUCAGAGUGUCAAGAUCAAAGGCAGUGAUACGACGAGGCGAGUUGUUCGCGGCGAUGUCGGCAAUGAUGAUCGUAUUUGCAUGGGCGCUGUUCCUCGGGACGGCGUACUUGAAGCUGCGGUCCAAGGAGGAGAGGGGCAGCGCGGGAGUUAGAAUGCCUGUGAGCUGA